AUGACGGCGUCCUGCGCGCCGUGCGCCGCCUGUGGUUUUCGCCCCGAAAAGCGCUUUUCUUGGCGCUUGGUCGGGUUCCUUUUGGUGGCCCCAGUGCUCCUGCUCUCUCUAAACUCCGAUGCCUGUGGUGAGCCACCCAAAUAUGAAACUAUGGCCUUGAGGGAUAGCCCUAAAAAGUAUUAUGAAGUUGGGGAGGAAGUAUAUUAUCAGUGUUAUCCAGGAUACUUAACUCUGCGAUCCGUCGUGACUUAUUGUGAGCAAAAUCACUCAUGGUACCCUCUUGAAGAAGCUUGUUUCAGAAAAGAAUGUAAUACUCCAGGACUCGAAAAUGGUGAAGUCUUUGCCCCAAAUUACACCUUUCAAUUUGACAGUGAAGCUUACUUUUAUUGUAAUGAGGGUUAUUACUUAUCUGGAAAAAAAGCUCUACUUUGUGAACUUCGUGGGGAUGAUGUGUUUUGGAGUGAUGAAUUUCCAAAAUGCUAUAGGAUUUACUGUAAACCACCUGCAAAAAUAAAAAAUGGAAAAUACACCAACAGUCACAGAACUAUAUUUGAAUAUAAUGAAUUAAUUACUUUUAGUUGUAACCCUUCACAAAGACCAGAUGAAUUUUCACUUGUUGGAAACAGCAAACUUAUUUGUGUUGACAAUAACAAGUGGAGUAGUAGCCCUCCUGAGUGUAAAGUGGUCAAAUGUGAUUAUCCAGUAGUUGAACAUGGAAGACUGGUAUCAGGAAUCAGAGACAAAUAUUCCUACCAAGCAGUGGUUCUAUUUGAAUGCCUCCCAGGCUUCUAUCUUAAUGGCAGCAGCCCAGUGUUCUGUGGUGGGAGAAGUACUUGGGAGCCUGCGAUGCCAAAAUGUGUCAGAGGUUUCAAGCCUACUCAUCCAACCAAACCUCCAGUUUCAAAGUAUCCAGGCUAUCCCGAGCCCAACGACCCACUAAUACUUGAAGACUUUGAGGAAUUAGAUGCAGGAAUCAUUGCUGUGAUUGUCCUUACUAUUCUUGUUGGCCUUGCGGUACUUUGCACCUGCCUGUAUAGAUGUUUUCAAAGGGAGAAGAAAGGGUAA